GGAAAUAAAUUGUCUUUUCAGGUUGUCUUGAUUUAUAUUAAUACACUGAAGGAGAGACCAGGAUUUUGAUUAUGUAAAUUUUAUAUACUUGACAAGUUGGUGAACAUUUCUGUCAUUGAAGCUCGUGAUAUUUUGAUUUAGAAACAACUGAUCUCAUUGACUGCGUUGCGGGAAUUACAUUUCAAAAAUAUUAAUACUGUAUCUGUUAGAAAGAAAAUAUGUAGGAAAGUUAAAACAACAGUGAUAAAAGGAGCAACAAAAGUGGUUUUAAACGGCUACAGAAAAUGCAUUAGGAAAAAUAAUAUUGGUACUUAUAAAGACGUUACGAACAUUAACACACAGGACAUCAUCUAGCAUCCCAGACUCUCCUUCAGAUGUUACAGACGUCACUCACACAGAGCACCUGACGACGUCAAGUCUCCUACACAACCACCAUUAUGGUCUCUGCUACUCUCCUCGCCACCUGCCUCACCACUGUAGGAAUCGUCUUUCCUUCCUCAAGCUCCUGGGCCAGCCUCUUGCCUGGAGGCAUCACUGAACACACUCUUCGUGAGAGCAGACACCAGAGUCACAUGGAUCAAACUAACCACAACACCAGCCUACUGAUCCAUGAUAGCAAGGCCACGGUGACGAGAGAGAGCAUCCUAGCGCAAGAACAACCGGAGGAAACAUCCUUGGGUAUCCUGUGCCAGCCAGGGAUGUGGAGAUGCUGGGACGGAAGUGUAUGUGUCUACCAGAACGCUACCUGUUCCGGCCUGGCCGAGUGCCCGGAUGAAUCUGACGAGGCUGUUACACUCUGCGGAUGCCUCCAGAACGAGUACCAGUGUCGGGACGAGUGCAUCGACGCCCUCAGGAGGUGUGACACCGUCAGCGACUGCACAGGAGGAGAAGACGAAGAACACUGCGAGACGUGGGUGUGUCCAGAGUCCCACUACAAAUGCACCAAUGGUCUCUGUGUUCCGUCUGACGCUGUGUGUAACUUUGUAGACGACUGUGGCGACGCCUCUGAUGAACAACAAUGUCACUACCGGAAGUGUUUCUACCUAGAGUUCACCUGCGCUAACGGAGAGUGCAUCCGGCCCGGUCUGGUUUGUGACGGCAUCCUCGACUGUAUAGACGGCUCUGACGAGACCCAGUGCCAGCCAGAAGACUUCGUGGUAUGCAGUUCUGGGAGGAAGGUACACAGGUUCUACUGGUGUGAUGGCUGGCCAGACUGUGCUGACAACCAUGCUGACGAACUCAACUGUGGAGAGUGUGAAGACCGACAGUUCCAGUGUGGUAACAAUCAGUGUAUCUCUGUGGGUAACGUCUGUGACUCCCAGUGUGACUGUCUCCACUGUGAUGACGAACACAACUGUGACACCUUCUACACCAGGAAGUCAGGUGUGACGGUAUGUGAGGUGGGAGCUGCGAUCACAUGUGUAGUAUCAACCUACCAGAGGCACAAGGACAGAUGUGUGGCGGAACACAGCAUCUGUGACGGCAUCAAUCACUGCCACAACGGUGACCAGGUGUCUGAUGAGACCGGGUGCGCGAAGGUGGGCGGUCAGUGCGAGCUGGCGGGAGAGGACGACUCGAAGUUCCUUUGUGACGACGGAAGGUGUCUCCCUCUACGACUUCGCUGCGACAGAAAGAUAGACUGUCUUAAUGGCGAGGAUGAAGAAGACUGUCCUGUGAUGGAAUGUUUGGAGGAACAGUGGCAGUGUUCCAGUGGGCAAUGCGUCCUUCUGACGGACCGAUGUGACCUCCACUUUGACUGCUACGACAAGUCGGACGAGCUUAACUGUAGUGAGCACCGGUGUGGCUCGGGUCAGGUCAAGUGCAACACAGGUCAGUGUCUGCCACAGAGCUUCUGGUGUGACCAUAUCAACGACUGUCCUGACAAGUCCGAUGAGCUAAACUGUGAGGCUGAGAGCUUGGAGUGCGAGCCGGCCGGGUUCUUGUGCGCGAGUGGAGGUCAGUGCAUUCCCAGAGAAGAGAGAUGUAUCAUCUUCAGGGACAGACAUCAGGGCUGCACUGAUGGCUCUCACCUCCUCAACUGCAAGUCGCUGGAAUGUCCGGCUGGAAUGUUUAAGUGUCGUUCUGGACCCUGUCUGGACGCCACCAAGCAGUGUGACGGUAAUAUUGACUGUCCUGAGACCUGGGACGACGAGGAUUUUUGUCGUGAGUAUUUUUUUCCAUGCACGUUCCCUGCUCGAGGCAAGUGCCCGGUGCCGUGCCACCCCUGGGGGCUGACUGUCAGGACUCAACCUCCCCUUGCUCUAACAAGUGCACGGCAUCAACAACUAAUUAAUGGUAUCAAGUGCACGGCAUCAUUAAGUGCACAGUUGCAAUCACAAGUGAAUGUCAUCAAUAACACGUGCACGGUAUCAACAAGUGCACGGCAUCAAAUGCACGGCAUCAAAUGCACGGCAUCAAGUACACAGCAUCAACAAGUACACAGCAUCAACGAGUGCACACCAACAAGUACACAGCAUCAACAAGUACACAGCAUCAACAAGUACACAGCAUCAACAAGUACACAGCAUCAACAAGUGCACACCAUCAACAAGUACACAGCAUCAACAAGUACACAGCAUCAACAAGUACACAGCAUCAACAAGUACACAUCAACAAGUACACAGCAUCAACAAGUACACAGUAUCAACAAGUGCACACCAACAAGUACACAGCAUCAACAAGUACAUAGCAUCAACAGGUGCACACCAUCAACAAGUACAUAUCAUCAACAAGUACACAGCAUCAACAAGUACACAUCAACAAGUACACAGCAUCAACAAGUACACAGUAUCAACAAGUGCACACCAACAAGUACACAGCAUCAACAAGUACACAGCAUCAACAAGUGCACAGAAUCAACAAGUACACAGCAUCAACAAGUACACAGCAUCAACAAGUACACAGCAUCAACAAGUACACAACAUCAACAGGUACAUAGCAUCAACAAGUACACACCAUCAACAAGUACACAGCAUCAACAAGUACACAGCAUCAACAAGUACACAACAUCAACAAGUACACAACAUCAGCAACAACAACUCACAUCAACAAGUCACAUCAACAAGUCACAGAAACAACUCAAAGCAACAAGUCACCAACAAGUCACAGCAACAACUCACAUCAACAAGUCACAUCAACAACUUACAGCAACAAGUCACAUCAACAAGUCACAGCAACAACUCACAUCAACAAGUCACAUCAACAAGUCACAUCAACAAGUCACAGCAACAACUCACAGCAACAACUCACAUCAACAAGUCACAUCAACAAGUCACAUCAACAAGUCACAUCAAGUCACAGCAACAACUCACAGCAACAACUCACAGCAACAACUCACAUCAACAAGUCACAUCAACAAGUCACAGCAACAAAUAGUCACAGCAACAACUCACAUCAACAAGUCACAUCAACAAGUCACAUCAACUCACAUCAACAAGUCACAUCAACAAGUCACAGCAACAAAUCACAUCAACAAGUCACAUCAACAAGUCACAGCAACAACUCACAUCAACAAAUCACAUCAACAAGUUACAGCAACAACUCACAGCAACUACUCACAUCAACAAGUCACAUCAACUCACAGCAACAACUCACAUCAAGUCACAUCAACAAGUCACAGCAACAACUCCCAUCAAGUCACAGGAACAACUAGUCACAGCAACAACUCACAUCAACAAGUCACAUCAACAAGUCACAUCAACAAGUCACAUCAACAAGUCACAUCAACAACUCACAGCAACUCACAUCAAGUCACAUCAACAAGUCACAGCAACAAGUCACAGCAACAACUCACAUCAAGUCACAUCAACAAGUCACAGCAACAACUCACAGCAACAAGUCACAUCAACAAGUCACAUCAACUCACAGCAACAAGUCACAUCAACAAGUCACAGCAACAACUAGUCACAUCAAGAAGUCACAUCAACAACUAUACUGUCAUCUCUUCCUACAGGAUCUUCGCUGACAACAACCUGAGUGUAACUCUGGAUGAGGAACCAAUACGAGGCCACGACAGCAUCGUCUACCUUGACCUAUCGAGGAACCACAUCCAGCACCUGAGGAACGGCACUUUCAAGCACCUGUGGCGCCUCCGCAUCCUAAUUCUUAGUGAUAACAACUUGACAACUCUAACAGAGGGCGCCUUCCACGGCCUCCAUAACCUCCGCACCUUACAUCUUAACGGUAACCAGAUUGGAUCACUCAGCUCCGUGGCAUUCUACGGUCUAGGUGCCUUACCCACACUUGACCUGAGUCAUCAGCGUCUCAGCUAUGUUUCUCCAAGAGCCUUUGUUGGCCUACGUAAUCUUACCACACUAACACUCUCCCACAACCUGCUGAAGGUACUGGACGAUGCGGUCUUCACAGGUCUCCGUAGCCUUAAGAUGUUAGAUCUGAGAAACAACGCCAUUGAAACAGUGAGUGACCAGCUGUUCCACCACAUGCCCAGACUCCACCACCUGGAGACGGAUGAGUGGCGGCUAUGUUGCCUGGCAAGACACGUGGAGAAGUGUUUACCAGUGGCUGACGAGUUCUCCUCCUGUGAGGACCUGAUGUCCAACCUGGUGCUGCGGGUGUGUAUCUGGAUCCUCGGCUUCAUAGCUCUCCUCGGUAACUCCUUCGUCAUCAUCUGGAGGAGUGUUUACUCUAGUGGUAACAAGAUGCACUCGUUCCUGAUCGUGAACCUGGGUGUGGGUGACCUCCUGAUGGGUGUCUACCUGUUAAUUGUUGCUGCUGUGGACCUGAGGUACCGAGGUGUGUAUGCUGCCUAUGAGCUCUCCUGGAGGACAUCUUCUCUCUGUCAGUUAGCUGGAUUCAUCAGUACCUUCUCUUCUGAGCUCUCCGUCUUCACUCUCACUGUGAUCACAGUUGAUCGAUUGAUCGUCAUCAAGUUCCCGUUCGGAGUGCGUCGAGCAGAAGAGAACGUGACGAAGGUGGUGAUGGCUGGAGUGUGGAUGCUGGUGAUCCUCCUGGCUGCUCUUCCUCUCACCAACCUACAAUACUUCAGUAACUUCUACGGUCGUUCAGGCGUCUGUCUGGCGCUACACAUCACCAAUGAGAAGCCAAGUGGAUGGGAGUAUGCUGUCUUUAUCUUCCUCGUAUUAAAUUUGGUAUCGUUUGGAGUGAUUGCUGUGAGUUACGUACUGAUGUACAUGGAAGCUACGGACACGCACACGGCGGCACGGAAGGGCACGGAACCUGGUGGAGGGGACGGAGGAAUGGCCAAGAGAAUGACACUGAUUGUUGCCACGGAUGCUGCUUGCUGGCUCCCCAUCAUCUUCCUGGGCAUCGCUUCUCUCUCUGGUGUUACUGUCCCUCCCAGGGUGUUUUCCUGGAUCGCUGUGUUUGUGUUGCCUCUGAACGCGGCUAUCAACCCAGUGUUGUACACGCUGUCAACGUCGCCUGUCAGGAAGAGACUCAAGCUCCUGAGACUGGGUGUCACCAGCAAGCACACGAGGUCAGCGUCGGCAAUAUCAGGGAGCCGCAUGACGUCGUCGUACAAGAUCCGUGCCUCCACGGACAUGACAGAUUUGAGUGCAUCGGGUGACACCUACUUGCGUAGCAUCUCUGCUAACUCUCAGAUGUGUGUAUACGCGUCAGCCACGUCUCGCUUCCCAGAAGGUCUUGACUAUGUUCCCAAGGGGCCUGGGGAGAAGACAGAGGCCAACAAUAUCUCAGGAGGCCCUUUGAUUCUCUCUGUGAACGGUGGGGAUGGUGUCCACGGGUCUGUGUGUCGUCAGGAGUCACCGUCAACAGAGUUGUGUCGACAGAGCACAGAUCCCGGGGCUAUUGAGCUGGUGCCCCUGGAGGAGCUCACUACCGCUCUUCCUGUCACCAAGAGAUCCUCUAGUCGCAAGUUAGCUCGUAGAAAGAAUGUCUCGGAUAAUCGCUACGACUAGUCGCUCCCAGUAACCACAGCGUUUGUAGUUUACGUUCCAGAUGUGAUAACCAGACUUUAUCAAGCUUGUGCGACUCACAAAUCAAUUCACCAGGAAAAAGUGUGCAUGUGUGUGUGUGUGUGUGUGUGUGUGUGUGUGUGUGUGUGUGUGUGUACACUCACUUAUUUGUGGUUGCAUGGGUCGAGUCUCUGCUCCUGGCUCUGCUGAGUUUUCUCUCCUGGCUGGGUGAUGUCUAUCAUAACUACAAAACUGUGUACUGGUGUUACCACUUCACUCUGCCGGUCGUUCCACUUUCUGACCACUCAGGAGAAGAAAGCAUUUCCUAACAUCUCCGUAACUCGAGUGAUUCCCCUCUCCUCCUCCGGAAAGUCUGUCCUUCGUGACCUUGUCAUCUUUCAGUAUUUCGUACAUUGUUAUCAUGUCACCCCAAGUCCUUUAGUCCUCUGUCAUGAAGUUGACCUCCUUUCAUCUCUACUCAUACCUCAUUCCCCUUAACUUCGGGACAAAUUUAGUUGCAAACCUUUGAUUUUUUUCAAUCUUGACGUGUUUUCGUGAGUGACGUUUUGUUGACGUUCCUGAAACACGUCCUUAAAUUUGUCAGACGUGCGUUUGCUGAGGAAUUUGAUGUGCCUCGGGAGAUAUGAUUGGAACUAUGUUCACCCCGAGGUCCUCCUCCUUGAGAGGAAUUUACAUCGUGUCCUAGUCUGCAAUCUUUUUCUAGUCAUAUUUGUCCUCUACAAUCUCAGAAGUUAAAUUCUAGUAGCCACUUGUCAGACCAAUCUGCAUCUUCUCCAGAUCUUCUCCAUCAAUGUCUUUCCUGGUCUGCCCUUGCUUGUAUUCUCAUUAGUUUUAUGCCAUCUACAAACAGGGAAAAAUCUGAUUCAAUUUCUUCAGUUAUGUCGUUCACGUACACAUGAAACGGUGUAACUUAAUGGUUCAGAGAACCGAUACGUUGAUAAAUUAGACACGUGCAACUUUUGGGUAUAUUUAAUGAGGAAAUGUUUUGCCACACAGUGGCUUCUUCAGUCCAUACAAAGGAGAAUGGGGAAGAACAGAUGAGUUUGAGGUAAUCAGUCCCUCAGCGUUGAGUCGAUGUGAUCAGCCCAUCAAUUUUGAAAAGAUGAUGAACUGACCACAUCGACUCAAGGCUAAGGGACUGAUUACCUCAAACUACUCCUGUUCUUCACCAUUCUUUGUAUGGACUGAUGAAGCCACUGUGUGGCGAAACGUUUCCUCAUUAAAUAUACCUAAAUGUUGCACACGUGUCUAAUUUAUCACCAAGAAACAGUACUGGUCCCAGUGCUGACCUUGUGGCACCCCAGACGUCACACCUGCCCAGUCAAACUCCUCGUCUCAGACAAAACGUUGGUGUCUCCCUCUUGUUCAGUAUUUCUUGAUCCACUGCGGUGUCUUCCCGGUUAUUUCAGUCUGGUCCUCGAGCUCUUGCCCAAUUUCUUGUGUCGUAUUGUUCCGAAUAUCUUUUUUCUGUCAAAAAUGUGCAGUUCAUCCACAUCUCUCUCUCUAUCUCUCUCUC